AUGAAUCAAAAUGGAAAAAGGAUCAAUAUGUGUGGCAUUCUAGCCCUCAUCCUCGCCAACACAGGUGAGGCGGCCAGUGUCGACCUUCAUGAAGCCCUCUACCUUCUACAACACCGUGGUCAGGAUGCCUGUGGUAUAGCCACUUGCGCAUCCGCCGGACGUAUCUUCCAGUGCAAGGGCAAUGGAAUGUGUGGGAAAGUCUUUCAAGAUGGUCAGCGGGUUGCCGAUUUACCCGGAUUCAUGGGUCUUGGUCACUUGAGAUAUCCCACUGCAGGGAGCUCAGCCAACGCCGAGGCCCAGCCGUUUUACGUCAACAGCCCCUACGGCAUCACCCUUGCGCAUAACGGUAACUUGAUCAACGCUCCAGAGCUCAAGAGAUUCUUGGACUAUGAAGCACACCGACAUAUCAAUACAGACAGCGAUAGUGAGCUGAUGCUGAAUGUCUUUGCCAAUGAGCUUAACGAGACCAAGAAAGCACGUGUGAAUGGGGAGGAUAUCUUUGCUGCUCUCAGCCGGAUGUACGAACGUCUCGAGGGAGGAUGGGCAUGCACCGCGAUGCUUGCAGGAUUUGGCGUGCUCGGUUUCCGUGAUGCGUACGGCAUCCGUCCGCUGAUUAUCGGCUCACGGCCUUCUCGAAGUGGACCCGGAACGGACUACAUGAUGGCUUCCGAGUCCGUGGCUCUGGACCAGCUUGGCUUCACCAACCACCGCAACAUCGUGCCCGGCGAAGCUGUCAUCAUCCAAAAGGGCCAUGAACCGGUAUACCGCCAAGUGCACCCCAGACUCAACUAUACGCCCGACAUAUUCGACGUCUACCGCGCUCGGCAGCGCAUGGGUGAAAAACUGGCGAAACAAAUCAUUACCACUCUUGGUUCAGAAGCUAUCAAAGAUAUCGAUGUCGUGAUUCCUGUGCCAGAGACCUCCAAUACUUCUGCUGCAGCUCUCGCCCGCUUUUUAGAUAAGCCGUAUUCCCAGGGUUUCGUCAAGAACCGCUACGUGUUCCGCACAUUUAUCAUGCCGGAGCAGAAAGCGCGGCAAAAGGGAGUACGACGGAAGUUGAACGCCAUGGCAUCAGAAUUCAAGGGCCGAAACGUCUUGCUGGUCGAUGACAGCAUCGUUCGUGGUACCACCAGUAGGGAGAUUGUCAUGAUGGCGAGAGACGCCGGGGCAAAGAGUGUCUUACUUGCCAGCUGCGCUCCUGAGAUAUCGCAUCCCCACAUCUACGGUAUCGACCUGGCAUCUCCACAGGAGCUUGUGGCUCAUGACCGUGACAUCAAAGCCAUAACUGCCUACAUCGGUGCGGACGCCGUCAUUUAUCAAACCCUCGAUGACCUCAAGGCUUCCUGCGCCGAGAUAUGUAUUGAAAGUGGUCUCUCAGAGCCCGUGAACUUCGAAGUCGGUGUCUUCAACGGCACAUACACCACCCCCGUCUCUCCUACAUACUUUGAGCACCUAGAGAAGCUCCGUGGUGAGGGUAGGAAGAUCAAGAGAGUCGAGAGUGCUAGGGCCGCGGUACUCAACGGAGCCGCGAGUCAAGAAAAUCUGCUCAUAGCUUCUAGCAAGGUUGACCUGGAUAUCAACGGUAAACCGCUUGUGGUCGAGACAGUCAAGCCGGUGGAUGUCACUAUCGCUAACACCACCACUUCGUCUCCGCAGGCGCAGGCGAAUAGUCACCGCUAUCAGAAGUCGACGGACGUAACGCCUCAAGUCAAGGACAGGAUGGACAUCAGCCUCCAUAACAUUGGCGAUUAUUAA